UGUGAAAGCAAAGAUGGCAGUUCAUUGUUUAUCGGUAGAUACAUGUUUAUUGCCGCUGAUAACAGGUAAUCAACAAGGUGUCAACUGUGCUACGAGUGAUUACUGGGGUUGUAAUUACUUCCGAUUCUCAUUAGCAGAGUUUAUUAACAGAGACAGACAUGCCAGGUGUGGAAAUUUUAGAAAUACACAUUAGAAAAUGACAACGGGAUACGAGCUAGUGUGGAAUUAACACUCUGCAGCAAAAUAUGACAAUAUACUAAUAAACGGCUUAUAAAUGGUAUUAAGCUUAGGAAAUAUGGCAUUCCUCAUUAUAUUCUCGUACGAAGUCAUUAAGCAUGGAAAAUACAGUACCAAAGUCAAAAAAGAAAAGGUACGUCUGCAAGUACCUAAAUUCUUGGGAAAAGGAAGCAGAAUUCCAAGGUUGGCUAACAAAAAGUGUGAAAGGCGAAGAUCAUGCUUUUUGUAGACUGUGUAUGAAAAACAUAAAGAUUGAGCAUGGUGGAAAAAAUGAUCUUAUGAAGCAUAUUUCAACAGCAGCUCAUCAAAGCAGCAAAAAAUCACAGAACGUCACAAUCCCUAUACAAAAUUUCCUAACAACUUCAAGUGAUGAAGGAGUUGUGAAAGCUGAAUUUUUAUUUUCAAAUUUCAUUGCCGAGCACAACAUCCCCUUUGCUGUUGCAGACCACUUCACCAAACUCUGCAAGUCCAUGUUUCCUGACAGCCAGAUUGCUAAAAAAUUUUCCUGUGGCCGCACAAAGACUACCAUGAUUGUCAAGAACGCCCUUGCACCUCAGCUUCACAAGGAAGUAGUUCAAAAUUGCAGGACAAAGCCAUUUUCCUUAGCCUGCGAUGAAAGCAAUGACAGAAACUCAGAGAAAACCCUUGCCAUACUUGUCCGAUACUUUGACAAUCAGGCAGUGACUCGAUUUUUGGACAUGCCAAUUUGCAACGUGGGAACUUCCCAAAAUAUAUUUGACCACCUUGAGCAAGUUUUUAUAAACAACAACAUUCCUUGGGAAAAUUUGAUUGCUUUCUCCUCUGACAACUGUAAUGUCAUGAUGGGGAAGAAGAACUCUGUGAUGACAAAGAUCAAGGAAAUGCAGCCACAUGUUUUUGACAUUGGCUGCAUUUGUCAUUUGGCCAAUCUCUGCACAAUGGCUGGUGUCAAAAGUCUGUCCCUUCCUGUAGAUGACCUCCUUGUUGAUGUCUUUUAUCAUUUUCAUCAUAGUGCAUUACGUAAGGAAACAUACAAAGAAUACUUGGACUUCUGUGAUGUUGACCCUUCAAAACUUCUGAAGCACUGCUCAACUAGGUGGUUAAGUCUGGAGAAGUGUGUCAAAAGGUUGCUGCACCACUGGCCUGCUCUGACAAGCUACUUCAACUCGCACAGUGAUGUAGAGAAGCCUGGACGAGUUAAGAGAGUGGCAGAGCUCCUCAGUAGCCAUGAGAUGAGGAUGACAUUCCACUUCUUAGGCUAUGUGUUGGAGCCAUUGAAUGAAUUCAACACUACAUUUCAGGCUGAUGAAUCAAGGAUUGGGUAUCUUGGAGAAGAAAUCCACAAACUCCUAAGAAAAUUCCUUGGCCGUUUUAUAAAGGCAGGAGUGAUCAAGAAUUCCAAGGACCUCAUCAGUGUGGACUUCCAAAAUCCAGAAAACCAGCUCCAAGAUAACAUUCUUGCAGUUGGAAUUCUUACCAGGUCCUACAUUGCAGAGAAUGAAGAGGACAUUCCACCAGUAGACUUGGCAAAAUUUUUCCAGAAUGUAAGGGGGUUCUACUGUGCCAUCACAAAGAAAAUGCUAAAGCACUUUCCAUUCAAUGACCCAGUCGUCAGCGAUUUAGGAUUCCUGAAUCCUCUCAGAAGGGAAGAGACUACCUUGCAGUCUGUAGUGGAGAUUGCCAAAAGAUUCCCUGCCAUAGUUCAGGAAAAGGAUUUUCCAAAGUUGGAAGAGGAGCUUCUGGACUUCACUGUUUCUCCUGACUGUGACCUACCAAACCUUGAGAAGGGGCAUACUAGAAUAGACUCAUUUUGGGGAGAGAUGGGGAAAAUGACCAACAAAAUCUCUGAAACACCAAGAUUUCCAAUUCUGAGUAAAAUUUCUCAGGCCAUGUGCUGCAUUCCAAACAGCAAUGCAGAUUGUGAGAGGGUGUUCUCCCUUGUGAGAAAAAUUCAGACAGAACAAGAUCUUCCAUGGACAAUCAGACCUUAUGCAGUCUUCUUUGUGCUAAAAUAA